AUGUUUAUUUCUUAAUUGAAACGAACGGUUUUUUGCAUUUCUUUUGUCUCUUUCAAGCGUUUUUUUGGUUUGCCCCUAUCUGCUAAACCGACCUUCUCAGCAAUUUACAAUAGCUUGCGAUACGACGUCGACGCCCACACUGUAACAUUUCAUCUUCGUGAAAAGGACUGGAAAGAGCUGAAGUCAAAUUCCUGGAUGUGGAUUUCGUCUAGUUACUUAGUUCCAGUCAUAAAUUGUGAAGAUGUACGCUUUGGAGACGAGAUUGUUGAAAGCGUUUCACGGGUCGAUCCGGUCGAGAAAUUUGGAUUGUUCUCAGUCCAAACCUUUACCGUGAUAGGAUUCAACGAAAAGGACCAAGUAAUUAAGUUACUUAAAGUCGAAGAAAGCUCAUUCAAAUACUAUGCAGAACUUGAAAUAUUAGAUUCAGCCAGCUGCAAAGCAAAAGCGAUGAAGAUCACAUUUCAGCCAGUGAAAUGUCCAACCCGAGUCCAAAUUCGCUUUGAGGGAGCAAGAGGCGGCCCGUUCAACAUGUACUUUUCAUGUUCUGUCGAUGAGAAGUCCUCUAAGUUCCAGAUCUCGCGCACGCGCGGAAAAGUACUUUGUGACAUUCCCAAGAGAGAAGAUGGAACAGUCGGGGAGCUUGUGCUGCAGAACCCGGCACCAGUCCCCUUCCACGCUUUGACAGUAUGGGAUGCUAGGCUGCAUGACAUUCAAAUCUGCACGAAAAUGUUUCGCACCGAGCUCGAUUAUGAGCUGAAACAACGAGACGAAAGAGGCUCGCCGUUUUUUAACCUUAGAGAUACUAUUUUCCUUAUCUUUGAACAUCACAUUGACAAGCCUAAGCACUUUUUUCCACCAACGUCGCCCCUGGUGUAUUGUCUUGAUGAGAGAGGAAUCAUCGAAAAACCAUAUCAGACACCGGGCAACAUGUCAAGGAAGAAGGGCUUUGUUAUUGUGGUACAACAGUUGUACAAAUGGAAAUAUUUACCUGUCGCUAAAGUCCUCUUCUGCGAUUGUCAACAUUUUGCUGACAUGCUUCGGAAUAAGUCAGAGGGUGCACAAAUGGAGCUGAUGAGAUCAUUCUGGUCGGCAUCGUGGCUUCAUUUAGUUGACAGAAUUGUAGCUGAUCAACAGGAGAAGAGCUUGAUUCGUAAAAUGCUGUACACAAAUGCAGCCCGAGUUCCUCAAGAAAGGGAAUCUGAUGUUUGGAAGAAUUCCUUCAUAACUCUUAUGUUUCCAAGGGAAAAACCUUUUGACGUAGCAGGAGCAGCAGGCAGAUUUGCAACAAAAAUGAAGAACUUUCCAUUCAACCCGUUUUUUUCGCCAGAAACUAGCCAAUCCAAAGAGAGUGUUUCUCCAGAAAGCUUCGUUGAAUUCUUGACAGAAUUUUUCCAACACCAGAGGGAUCGGUCUGAUGCGGGGCCGGAUCAGGGGUCUUUUUUUGACCCCCCUCGGUGGGCAGCUCCUCUAAGAGAGCCUGAAUGCGCCUCUUGUCAUUCAAAGACGGAAAAUUUGAAGAGGUGCUCUGGUUGUAAGACAGUAUUCUACUGCAGUAAGACGUGCCAGAAAAACCACUGGAAAGAGCACAAACCAGACUGUCAAAGCAGUUGAAAUCAAAAACUUGUACUCGACUUAACACGGACGCUGUUUACUUGAGGGUAGCAGAGACAUCAGUUACUUUGUUUUCACAUUUCUUGAGAGUAUGAGCUUUGUUCGUAGCUAGUAAAAAUAUCCUCUUCUGCGAAAGUACUGAUAUGGCCGAUGUCACUACAAGUUAAUACCGCUAUUUAUUAUAUUGCUUGUGUUUGUAGCCGAUAUAACGCCUGCUCAGAUUAACUAAUUCGAGGGCAUUAUUUUCUCAUAAUGCCCAAGGGCCGGUUACAAGCCUGCAAAAGCAAAGCAAAAAGCCAUAUAAUAAACAACUUAUAGACCUCGAAUUUUCGGUCUUUACGGAAAAAUCUCAAACAUCGGCCUUGCCGGCAAGGUCUCGGCUUGAGAUUUUCCCACGAUAAUAAGUAGGUAGUUUACAGAUCUUUUCAGAGUACAAUUCGGGUUAGGGUUAGGAAAAGUUGAAAAAAAGUUGCACGAAAGUUGAAUUUGUAAAUAUUUUAGGAAUUUCUAUGUCAUCUGAUUUCCAGUUUUUAAAAUAAUUCUGUGUCAUGUAUAAAUUUUGAAUCUUUAACUGAAGAUAUCAGUUAAAUGAUGUUAUUAUCCAACUGCGCUCAAAAGAGCACGAAUAACCUGCGAAACAGGUACGAAUAACAAAUAUCACACGAUACUCAGUGUUGUGCUUAUAUGGAUGCAAUAUGUAAGAGGGUUUGUGCGAAAAAAAUGAGUCUUCGCAUCGAGAUUCUUGUACACCGCAGAGAAAUAAAGUGUUCGGAAACCUUUAGGUUAAUUUUGUCCGAAAAAACUUGAUUUCCCACGAAAACAAUACACCAGCUUUCCAUUAGUAAUGUGAAAAUGUUGCAGCUCACCGCAUAAGUUUGGAAAAACAAAUAAAGUUAAUAACAUUGUUUGAUUUACACGA